CUGAAUUAUGACUUUAAACUCAAUUUAAACUCACUGUGACUUUAAACUCAUUUCCGCGUGCCAUCCCAUAAUAUCUUUCCAGGCUGUCAGUUAGUCACUCCGCUGGGAGAGGCCUCGGCUGUCCCAAAACCACACUCCCCGCGCAUGCGCACAGCCGCGGGUGUUCACCACAUUGGAGCGUCGCUGCUGAACUCUCGGAAGUUAAGUUGCAGUGAUUUUAGCCCGACAGCUAGCAUCGUCCCACCGCAGAAAACUCGGCAAAACGCGACAAAAAGUUCUUUUGUUCGGCAGCUGUUCCCGCGCAGCGACACUACCGAUGGAUUCAAGCCGUUUGUCGGUGUUUAAUCGGUGGGAACGCGAACAUUAAAGCCUCGAAGAGAAGUUGUGAUUGUUGUUUUGGCGGAAAGAUGGAGGCGCUGCUAACGCUAACAUCUACCUGCUAACUAACUGCUAACUGUUGUUGUGGUCACUGUGGUUUCACUCGGAGUUGCCCAAAACUUCCUCUGAAGUCCGGAGAGUACCACCACCCUGCCUGGAGCUGCUGUUGAUGUCUACAGACCAACUAAAGAAUGAGCGUCCCUCAGGCUCUGAGGAUGGGACCAGGGCUACCGGAGGCAGGAUCUAGACAUCAGAUGGUGCUCUGAAGAAGCCAUGGGUAGCUGCUUAAGCUGUCCAGAGAAAGAGUCAAUUCCAGAUAAUCAUCAAAGUAAAUUUAAGGUGAUAAACGUGGACGACGAUGGGAACGAGUUGGGAUCAGGUGUGAUGGAGCUGACCGAUGCUGAGCUUGUCCUCCACACUCAUCGCCGUGACGAUGUGCGGUGGCCUUACCUGUGCUUACGGCGCUACGGCUACGACUCCAACCUGUUCUCGUUUGAGAGCGGACGCCGCUGCCAGACGGGUCAAGGUAUUUUUGCGUUCAAAUGUUCCCGAGCCGAGGAGAUCUUCAACAUGCUGCAGGAGGUGAUGCACAGCCACAGCAUCAGCGUGGUGGAGGAGGCAGUGCUGGAGCCUAGCCACACUCCUACAGCGUUGGGUUACUCGGUGCCCUCGGUUCCUAACGGUGUGUCCAGGAUCCCGUCUGUGGGCGAGGCCCCGUCUCACCCCUCCAGCCGUCACCCGUCUGUGGCCAGCACCCGUCUGCCCUCUGUGGGCGAGGAGUCCACCCACCCUCUGCUGGUGGCCGACGACGCGGUGCACACGUACGUGAACACGGUGGGUCUUCUGGAGGAGCAGCCGAGCCCGCUGACCGUCACCACGCCACUGGAGAGCCCCGCCUCGCCGCAGUCUCCGUGCCCCCCGACCCCCCCGCCUCCCCCCCGCCACCGCUGCGAGCCGCCGCCCCCCCCGCCGGAGCCGCAGGUGCUGCUGGAGCCGGCCGGGGUGCGCUUCGUGCUGGGCCCCACCCCCGUUCAGAGGCAGCUGAUGGAGAAGGAGAAGAGGCAGCAGGAGAACGGCGAGACGCCCGAGACCAACGGCCACGCUGAGGACGAUCCACAGCCAACGCCGCAGCCCGAGGCCCCGCCGCUCGCCAACGGCUCCGCCUCCUCCAACGGCUCCGCCUCCUCCAAUCCCUCCGCAGCGCCGCGCCGCCACCGUCCGCCCCCCCUCACCCCCGACCUGCAGAACGCCAACAACUCCGCCCAGCGGCGCACCGCCCUGCUGGACUACGAGAACCUGCCGGCGCUCCCGCCGGUCUGGGAGGCGAGGAAGCCGAGCGCCGAGGAUGAGGAGAACGUCCCGAAGACGCCGGCACUCAACGGCUACGGGCACGGCGCCCUGCACGGCCCCCACGGCGCCCUGCAGCACUCCUACUCCCAUCCGCUGUCCGCCGCCCUCGAGUGCUCGCACAACUACGUCAACACGGAGAACGUGACGGCGCCGCUCAGCGCGCACCGGCCUGACACGGCCCGGCGCCGUACGGACGCCGCCACCAUCUUCAACUUUGACUUCCGCCGGCUGCCGGCGCACGCCGAGCCGGCCAAAACGCUGAACUACAUCGAGGUGGAGAUGGACGGCGGCGCGGGGAACAGGGGCGCGUCAGACGGCAGCAACCCGCACACGCCACGCACCCCCACCUCCCCGCUGCCGCCCAGCACGCCCACCCGGCGCACCGAGCUCUACGCCCUCAUCGACAUCGAGCGCACGGCCGCCAUGUCCAACCUGCAGAAGGCGCGGCCGCGGGACGACGGGACCUCGCGCAAGACGCGGCACAACAGCACGGAGCUGCCGACCAAAAGCACUGCGUGACACGCGCCACUUCCUGUCAGAGAGGGGUGGGACUUAUUUCUGCCACUUCCUGUCAGAGAGGGGCGGGACUUAUUUCUGCCACUUCCUGUCAGAGACAGACGAACGGAGACGCAGCGACGGACUCCCCCUGAACACAUCUUAAUGAGAUAUUGACUUGCCGCCGCUCAGACAGACCUCGGUACUCGCCGUGCGGUGUGUUGCCGUGGCGACGGUGUGUUGCCGUGGUGAUGUAAUACCUCUCUGGGUAAUGUUAAUAAGACUUCCUCUUUAUAUGGUACACAUCAGUAUUACUGAACAAAGCAUUCCAUUUAGCCUUUUAUACGAUCACUACAUGCUGCUGUAACCACACGGUACAAUACGUUAUGUCUCAAUAUGUACAGUAGAUUCUGGCACAAUAAAUGUCUGUUCUGUUUUUAUCUG